CUUUUAUUUAAAUAAUGUCCUAAAAGUUCAAGGUUAGAAAGCUCAGAGAAUAAAAGCCUGAAGAUCUCCUCAAGGACUUAGAAAAGCUUAAGGGUGAAUUAAUUUAAUUGAGAACAGUGAAAGUAUCAGCAGGUAAUGCCUAAAAACUUGGCAGAAUUGGACUUGUUAGAAAGCGAAUUGCUAAAUAUUUGACAGUCAUAAAUGAAUAAAGAAGAAAUUAAGUCAAAAGUGCUACUAAAUCAAGUGGCAAACUUCCUGUUGAUCUUAGAGGCAAGAAAACAAGAGCAAUUAGAUAAAGACUUACAAGAAGCGAAAAAGCUUAAAAAACAUAGAGAUAAUGGAAGAGACUCAACAAUUUCCCAUUAAGAAAGUUUGCUUUGAAGGAAUGAUUCAAUUAUAUUAAAAUCAGUACAAUAUUGACAUGGCAAUAUGUAAAUAAU